AUGCACCGUGCCGGCGGUGCAAGUGCUAAUCUAGCCGUUCAAGAAGGUCAAAAUGUUCAAAUGUCUCUGAAUGAGGUUGUUGAGGCAGGCCAUCUACCUAACCUUGCACGAGAGGUGUUCAGAAGUAUUCGUCAUCCCAAUCUCGAAGGACCCGAAACAUUCCUUUGGCGAGUUGAACAGCUGUAUUUGUUAAAACUCGGUGAACUGAUGUGGGCUAUCCAAAACAUCGGAUGUAUUUUUUUGCGGUAUGCUUCGUUGGUAUGA